AUGGAACUUGGAGCUUUUGUUGCUGCCUCUGAUCAUGCUCUACAAGAGGGACUCAUUACACCAGGAACUUGGACGUCUCAAGGUUGUUACGUGGACAUUGGCCGGACAUUAUUCGAGGGAGAAUACAUUGACAAUGCAAAUAUGACUGAUGAGUCAUGCAUCUCAUAUUGUACUUCCAAAAAUCUCAAUUAUGCUGGAACCGAGUAUUCUUCAGAAUGUUAUUGUGGUAAUAGUCUUGCAGCUGGAGCUGGACCUGCGCCAUCUUCAGAUUGUAGCAUGAAGUGCUCUGGAAAUGCUACUGAAUUUUGCGGCGGUCCAAAUAGGUUGAAUCUUUUCUGGAACGGAAACACCCCACCUCAAACUAACACUGGGUCCGGACUUUGGAAGUUUUCUGGAUGUUACACAGAAGGUCAAGAAGGCCGACUUUUAAUAUACCAAGCUAUAGCUUCACCUAUGACGGUCGAUGUGUGUACAGCAGCAUGCCAAAAAGGAGGCUACUCAUUAGCAGGGGUCGAAUAUGCGGAUGAAUGCUGGUGUGGAAACGAAUUGUCUAAUGGAGGAACUCUUGCGCCCGAGGGCGUCAGUGGUUGUUCAGCAUUAUGUUCCGGCAACUCAUCUGAAUUUUGUGGUGGCACCAACAGACUUGACGUAUAUGACUUCAAUAGUACUGCCAUUGUAACAGCGCCAUUCACGACAACCACCGCUGGAACAACUCCUUCUGCCACGAGUUCUCUAUCAAUUCAACAAACAGUUGGUGUAUAUAACUAUUUCGGAUGUCAGACUGAAGCUACUAGUGCUCGAGCACUUUCGUCCAAAGCUUCUGAUGCUGGCAAUAUGACACUGGAGUCAUGUGAAGCAAGCUGCAUUGGGUAUACAUAUUUUGGAACAGAAUAUGGACGAGAAUGCUAUUGUGGAAACUCGUUCUCCGCUGGCUCUGUGUCAACACCGAACACAGAUUGCAAUUUCCCCUGUGCAGGAAAUAGUUCCGAAUUCUGCGGGGCUAGUGGAAGACUCACUGUCUAUCAGAUUAAUACCACUUUAAGCUCCACAGCUCCGCCUUCUACCCCAUCCUCAUCUGUAACAGAUCUUCCUGCCGGAUGGAUUUACAGUGGCUGCUGGAUUGAUGGAGCACAGGGCCGCAUCCUUACAUAUCAGCAGCCAGAUAAUCAGAAUCUCACCGUUGAGUCUUGCGUUGCGACUUGUUCCGCUCUUGGUUAUAAGGUCGCAGGCAUGGAAUAUAGCUCGGAAUGCUUCUGUGAUAACUUUAUCGAGAAUGGAGGAGUUCUUGCCACGUCACCAGCUGAUUGUAACAUGCCAUGCAGUGGCAACUCGAGCGAGAAUUGUGGCGCUGCAAAUAGAUUAUCUGUCUACUCCGUUGGAACAGUACAAACUGCUCAACCAGCGUCUGUUCAGAAAAGGGAUUUGCCCGGUGAUUGGAACUAUCAAGGAUGCCUCGAAGAUAAUAUAGGAGGUAUUAGGACUUUUCCAUAUCAAAUAAUCAGUUCAAAUAACACUGCAACGAAUUGUCUUUCACAGUGUCAAAAAUUCGGGUAUAAUGCAGCUGGUCUUGAGUAUGGCUCUCAAUGCUAUUGCGGAGAUGUAGAAAAUAUCGUAACGGCUGGUGCAUCAAUGAUUAGUGAAUCUAACUGCCAGGUUGUCUGCUCUGGUAAUUCCUCAGCCAUAUGCGGCGGGGAUAGUCUUCUAUCUUACUAUUCCUGGAAUGGCCCAGCCCUCUACAAUUGGUCAUUUCCAGUAGGUGCCAGCGCUGGCGAACACUCGUUGUUAAUAGGUGGUGUCUGUAUACCAUUGAUGACAUCCCAGAUGAUUACCGGCAAAGUGACAUUUGUUGAGAAAUUUGGAACGGGUGAGCCUAAUUCAACAGGAGCAUACGAAUUAGAUCUUUCAGUCAUCAAUAAUUUUACCCUGGCAUGGAGACCAAUGCAUGUCAAAACUGAUGUAUUUUGCUCUGCUGGACUUAUUCUUCCAGAUAUUGCGGGGAGGCAGAUAGAUGUAGGAGGGUGGUCCGCCGAAUCAACCUACGGCGUACGAUUUUACUGGCCAGAUGGAUCUCCCGGAAUCUGGGGCACAAAUGAUUGGCAAGAAAACGUCAACGAGGCAAAUGGUUCAAUCUUGAUAAUGGGCGGGGAAACUGGCAGUAAUGCGCCUGCUUCACCUAGCUUAGAGCUACUACCUCCAACAGGCGCACCAGUCCUCAAUUUGGAUUUCCUCGCUCGUACGGAUCCUAAUAAUCUAUAUCCAUUCCUCGCCGUCAUUCCUUCCGGGAUCUUCGUCGCGUACUAUAAUGAAGCACGAAUUCUGGACGAAGUCACAUUUGAGACUAUUAAGGUAUUACCUAAUAUUCCUGGAGCGGUAAAUGAUCCAAAUGGUGGUCGGAACUAUCCUCUCGAGGGAGCUAUGGUUUUACUACCUCAGUUUUAUCCUUAUACGGAUCCCCUCGGAGUGCUUAUUUGUGGUGGUUCCACGCCUGGGGGUGGGUUUGCGAUAGAUAAUUGUGUUUCCAUGCAACCUGAAGCUGAUAAUGCUUCUUGGGUGAUUGAGAGAAUGCCCUCGCGCCGUGUAAUGCCAUGUUUUGCUUCUCUUCCGGACGGCACAACACUUAUCCUGAAUGGUGCACAUCAUGGAUUCGCAGGAUUUGGACUCGGCUCAGACCCCAAUUUUAACGCCGUCCUGUACGAUCCGCGCCUGCCUAUAAACUCACGCAUGAGUGUAAUGGCCAAUACAUCAGUUGCGCGUCUCUACCACUCCGAAGCAAUUCUCCUUCUCGAUGGACGAGUAAUGGUAUCUGGAUCUGAUCCACAGGACAAUGUCCAUCCAGAGGAAUACCGCGUCGAAGUCUUCACCCCUCCAUAUCUCCUCUCUGGACUUCCACGUCCCACCUUCUCUCUCAAUAACACAGACUGGUCAUACUCGCAAGCGAUAACCUUCACCAUCUCCUCAAACUUUACCUCGACUUCUAACCUCAAAAUCUCCAUUUUGGGAUCGGUCGUAAGUACACAUGGUAAUUCAAUGGGUCAACGAACGCUUUUCCCUCAGAUGUCCUGCGGUUUUAAUAAUACUUGUACAAUCACCACACCACCAAAUGCACAUGUAUGUCCGCCGGGCUGGUAUAUGGUAUUUGUCCUUGAUGGACCCACUCCAGCUGUUGGAGUUUGGGUACGUAUUGGUGGUGAUCCAGCACAUUUGGGGAAUUGGCCCCAGGCUCCUGGUUUUAAUACCCCGGGACUGUGA